AUGCAUGGCAAGGCUGCGUUUGAAGGCUCUCUUGGCCAAUCAGAGACUCGCUAUUCCACGUCGUUAUAUCACGUGAUCAGGCCAUUGAGUUCUGGGCCCAGUCGAGACCUUUGUGACGGACUGUUACCGUCCUACUACAUUACCAACCCCAACGUCGGUAAUAGAGAGAGCUCUGAAGACUGGCGGAUCCGCGGUUACAAUCCUCUCACACCACCAGACCUACUGCAACAUGAAAUCCCCCAGACAGCCACCUCUAAAGCCACCGUCCUCAAAGGGCGCGAUGACUGCGUUGCCGUGAUCCAAGAUAAAGACCCCAAUCGCCGCCUGCUUGUCAUUGUUGGCCCUUGCUCCAUCCACGACCCGGUAUCCGCGCUCGACUACUGCGACCGGCUCCUGAAGCUGAAGGAGAAACACCAGGAUGACCUUGUCAUCGUGAUGCGGUCGUACCUAGAAAAGCCUCGCACCACGGUUGGUUGGAAGGGACUCAUCAAUGACCCGGAGAUCGAUGGCAGUUUCAAGAUCAACAAGGGGCUGAGGCUAAGUCGACAGUUGUUCGUCGACCUGACGGACAAGGGUAUGCCCCUCGCCAGUGAGAUGCUGGAUACCAUCUCUCCUCAAUUCCUGGCCGACUUGCUGAGUAUCGGCGCCGUGGGGGCCAGGACCACCGAGUCACAACUCCACCGGGAAUUGGCCUCGGGUCUGUCUUUCCCCGUAGGCUUCAAGAACGGCACGGACGGCACGUUAGGCGUCGCCAUCGACGCCAUCGGCGCUGUUCGACAUCCUCACCACUUCUUGUCCGUCACCAAGCCCGGUGUCGUGGCCAUCGUGGGCACGGUAGGCAAUGAAGACUGCUUCGUGAUCCUGCGCGGCGGCACCACAGGCACCAACUACGACGAGGAAAGCAUUCGCAAGGCGAAGGAGAGCCUGGCAUCCAAAGGUCUUCCCCCUAGAGUCAUGGUGGAUUGUUCACACGGGAACAGCGAGAAGCAGCAUAAGAACCAACCCAAGGUCGCCAGGGUUUUGGCCGACCAAAUCGAGAACGGGGAAGAAGGUAUCAUGGGCGUCAUGAUCGAAAGUCACAUCAACGAGGGCAACCAAAAAGUGCCACCCGAGGGCAAAUCAGGUCUGAAAUACGGCGUGUCCAUCACCGACGCAUGCAUCGGCUGGGAAGACACAGAAGAGGUGCUCGAGAUGCUGGCCUCGGCCGUGCGAAAACGCCGAGAAAAGCUCGGCGGCAAACUCGUCAACGGCACCGCGGCCACAGUGAACGGCACUGGAAAUGGACAUGCCUGA